AUGCCAGACUUGGUUGUUGGCAUCGACUUUGGCCAGACAUGCACAGGCGUGGCCUAUGCCGUCCCAAGCCAGACAGGUAACAACGUCCGCUGGGUCCAACACUGGCCCGGACGCUUUCAAGCAAACGAAAACAAAGUCCCCACGAUCCUUGUAUAUCCACAUCGUCAGAAAGAGCCGUCGUCAUGGGGCUUCGGUUGCGACAACCAGGUCGAAUCCAACGCCAAUUACGGCGUGACUUGCGACUGGUUCAAGACGCUUUUGGACCCGAUGAAUUUGGAGGCGGCGCAAAAGCAAGGAUUCCAUGAUACCACCACGCAUGAGGAUGUUCGGCAUUGGUAUCGUGACUACUUCUCCAGGCUGUACAGUCAUAUUGAGCAGGAACUUCCGCGGGCGCUCGUGAACUUCGAGUGGGCGGCCGCGAAGAUUGAGUUUUUAUUUAGUAUGCCAACGACAUGGAACCAUGGCCUGGUGGAAGACUUUCGCGAUCUCGUUCAUGAAGCUGGAUUCGGUGGGCCAGAUAAUCCAAGCCAUGCUGUGAUCAUGAGCUUGACUGAGGCAGAGGCGGCCGCGGUGCAUGUCUCAACGGAGAGCGCCGACAGCUUCAGAAAAGGCGACAUUCUAGUCGUCUGCGACGCCGGAGGUGGAACAACCGACCUGUGCGCCCUGGAAGUCAUCGAAGAUAUGACCGGGUCCUCGCAGGGAAAGCAGCUGAAGCAGGUGGAUGUUGUAGGCGGGGAGAACAUUGGCUCCGUUGGGAUUGAUCUCGGGUUCGAACGAAGGCUCCAGACAAAACUCCAAGAGGCUGAUAACUUGAAGAAGCUCGACAUUGACAUCGAACAGGCGGCAUGGGAGAUGGCGAAAGGGCCAGACUUCCAAAACGCCAAGUGCGGACAUGGUGCUCCGUACGAGCCUCCCCGAUUUGCUGUACCGAUUCGCAAGCUCCCUGAGCAUUACCGAAACGAAGAAGCAGGAAUCACGUCCGGACAGAUGCUAUUCGACAAAAACGAGCUACGACUCCAGUUCGAUGUGCAGAUUGAAAAGCUCUUUCGACUGAUCGACCGACAGAUAAGCAGUGUAGUGGCGAAGCUGCCAGAUCAGCAACGCAUUAGCCAUCUUGUCCUCUCCGGCGGUCUUGGACGAUCUUCGUACGUUCAGCAGAGACUCAUUGAGCAUUAUCGCAACGGCUCUGUCAAGUAUGCCAACACACAAGCCAUGGAAGUCCGAGUAGCUCCCGACCCGCAGCUUGCGGUCUGCAAAGGUAUUGUUGCCGAUCGUCUCCGCAAGCUCAAGGCCGGCCACAGUGUAUUGGGCUGGAGAUGCUGCCGUGCAUCCUAUGGUGUUAUUUGCCGAGAACUGUACGAUAAGCAGAAACAUGUCGGCCGGCCGACUUACGUGGAUGUGCAGGACAGCAAGCUAUAUGUCGAUAAUUGCGUCGAGUGGUUCAUUACCAAAGGUACACCAAUGUCGGUAGACCAGCCGGUGAGCCGAGAGUUCUUCCGCAAACUCAAACCCGGUCUUAGCGGUCGGAGAUUUCCAACAAGAAUUGCGGUCUCGUACAUGGACAGAUCGGUUUUACCAGACUACGUCGAACCCGGCGUGGAGAAGUUGUGCGAAGUAGAAGCCGACUUGACCUUUGCAGAUGAGAAGAACUUCAAAGACAAGUAUAAGCGUUUCUGGCGGCCGGGUGAGCAUGUCCUCGAAGUGCGCUUCACUGUCAAAGUCGUCCUGGGUGCCGCAGAUGUCAACUUCCAGCUUUGGUUCGAGAACCAGAAGGUCAGUGCAGACAGCUCGAUCAAAGUCGAUUGGUUUCCGGUAACGAAUCCGCCUAUUCCGACAGUCGAAACACCUGUGCCGAGUCCGCGGCAUGAAGACCCAAGAAGAUCGUCAAAGGACAGGAUGAAGCUGCCCUUCAUUAAACGGUACUUUAGUGGCGGCUAA